UAGGUUAGGUAGCUUUGCAGGAGGAAUGGGACGACGAGAUCCGGCAUCGCAUCGCAUAGCCGAUAUGCCUCACGUUACCUAGAAGAUACGCCGCAUUCAUUCGAGGCCCGUGGAAGGCCCAGCCCAUAAAAACCAAUAAAUGAUAUCUGAGGACUUUGAAUUUUGGGUGAGAUUGGCCCUGGUGCGUCCGUUCAACCAUUUAAUGAAUGGCAGACUAGUCCAGUUGUAUGAUCGGUUUCUUUCCAUCCAUCCAUCUAUCCAUCUCAUGUUUCCACCUCUUCUUCGACAACCAACCUCACUUCAACUACAGUCGUCGUUUCUUCCUUACCUUGACUUUUGUCUUUUCCAAAUCAAUAUAUAUCUAUCUAUCGAAAUGGAUGCACACUUUCCUAAUGAUAUUCCAUACCCUCAGCCGGUCUGCAGUGCCGCGGAAUCAAUGGCUCCAAUCCCCUGCUACUCCUCCUCGUUGCCCCCACCACAGGAAAACAUGACGAUUAGGUGCGCCUCACCGACCGAGGUUCUUCUACCACUCACGCGCGAGCACGUUUCGUUUGUGAAUAACCCAAAUAUGUGGUUAUAUCGGCUUGGAAGAUCCUUUGCCUUUCAAGAUGACAAGCGCAGCAACAGGCGCUGUCAACGUCGGGCUCGUUUCGCUUGGCCCACAAUCUUGACUGUGGUCGAAGGUGUGCGAGUUUGCAGUAUGAUUUUUCUUUUCACAUGUUCAAGUCCCAUCUAGGAAACGGCCAUUACUAAGUUCAAGCAUGCUUUUUUCGUGAUCACUUCGGGUAUGGGAAUAGCAUCCCUUUUCACGUAGGCUCGAAGUAUACGAAAUCCUCUUCGUACCGCGAUUCGGAUCAUCUUUUCU